AUGGGACAGUUUGAUCAGAGCGACAAAUAUACUUUCAUUGAGCACACGGGUCGCCACGGUGGUGUGGGUCGCACUGGGCGGGGUUGUGUUCGGAGACACGUCGCCAACGAAAGCCUGCGAAAACGAGUUGCGCAACGCGCUACUCUUGCUCUACCUGUUGUUCGCGAACCCGUGUUCGUGAAUCACGUAACGUCUGGAGACAGUGAUUCUGAUCGACAAUGUUCGGAUGAAGAAAGCCCCACACGGCCCGAAGAUGAAAAACCGGUGUUCGAUCGGCUGGGUAUUUUGUCGUUGCCAAUCGGCAAACCGUAUGACGCAGAGCUGAUUGAGCACAUCUCCUCACGAUUGUGGCCUGGCUUCCGCAAUAGGUUCAGAGGGUCCGCAAACCCAUUUCCUGCGUAUUGGCUUCCCCGGACCGUUGAGAACCCCGCCUUGUACCAAGCGCUUCUAUUUUCCGCCCUUUGUCAUCUAUCAUCCCGGAUGAGCCUGGCAGGACAGAAGCCGCGGAAUAAGGGCGAGCUGAUCGCUCUUGAAACGAAAGCUAUCAUGGCUACAAAGGAGCAGAUUGACUGCUCCAGCGCGAUUACGACCCCUGAUCAUCUCGAAGAUCUAUUGAUGAUUACCAUAUGCCUUGCCACAAAUGUGCAGGACAGUGACCAGUCGAUGGCUCGCGACCCAUCACCUUUCUAUCCUAUCUUGGCGAGUGGCCGUUGGUUAGACACAUACGGUGCUUUUGCUUGCCAUAACGUUCAUUGGAAUGCUGUGCUGCAGCUCGUUGAGAAGCGGGGCGGUCUUCAAAAAAUAAAAUCUUUUGGUCUUCCAUGGGUUAUUUCCUGUUGUCUAUUUGAUGUACCUAACUUCAGUAGCGCAGCAUUGAUCAUGGCUUCCAGCACGCUCUCCCGGCCUCCAUACCCAAUGUUGGAUGUUGGAGGAAAACCAUGCACGAUGAAAAAGUACGACGACUUUGUCCCGCAAAGUAUAUGGGAACCUACAUGCCCGAUGGGCCGUGGUUUCACGGUCCUCAACGACCUAGGCUUGGCUGAUGAAGUUGUGAAAGUUUUCCUUGCCCUGGGAGAUUUCUCUGCAACAUUGGAUGCAUAUUCUACGGGUCGAAUCACUAAUAUCAACAUGGACGACAUGUUUGAUAGCCGCGAUGUCAUGAUGCACAGACUCUUGUCCCUGCCAUCUCCCCACGAUUUUGAUGUGAUGACCAUGCAACAGCGCCUUUCAUUUCCCACGUUAUCUAACGAACGUACUGAAGCUAACGCCACUGUCGAAAUAUACUCGGUGUGUCGGUGGACGGCACAGUUAUAUGGUAUCUUGGUGACAUUUCCCAUUCCUCGUUCGAAAUACGCACGAGAGCUAGCUGCCUCUCGAGUCCAGGAGAGAAUAUCGCUUCUGCCGGGUGGGCUUAAUAACCGUAAGUUAUUACGACUGCUGCUAUGGUGUUUAGUCGUUGCGGGAGCCUCGUCCUAUGUGAAAGAGCAGCGAAAGUGGUUCCGCGCGAGAGUGAUGGAAAUAGUUGAAGAUUUGAAGCUUCGGUCGUGGGAUGAAGUUGAGAGGGUACUGCUGGAUUUUGCUUGGGUUCCAAGCGUAUGCAAUCCUGCUGCGCGAGAUUUGUGGUCAGAAUCCUAG